AUGUUCACCCCGCCGACCGUGAGGCCUGUGGGAGAGAAAUCUGAGGCUCUGCCCUCUACUCAGCCCCUCUCCCCUCCACCUUUUUCCUCCAGAUUUAACAUUUCAGAUGAUUUGAAGAUUGGCUUUUUCAGCACAGACCAUGCCACCCAAACAGAUUACAGUGAGAUUGUGCCAUUAAAAGAGUUGAGUUUAUCUAUACAGAAGCUCAUGCAGAUUAUGAGAUCCCUUCAGUUGGAUUUUGGGUUCCUCAGACAACUGCUUCAACAGAAAUUCGAUGACCGUCUUCAAGAGGAAUCUUUUAAGCUCUUCACUUCUCUGCAUGACAGGAUCCUGGCGAUUGAAAAACAUUACCAACAGAAUGAGGAUACUUUAAGAAAAUGCUACAAUCAGCAGUUGGCCGAUGCCAUAGCUACCAUCAAAGGGAUGUACAAGCAAUUCUUUGAGAUAGAAGAAGAGAAGAUGCCUGUGCAAGACUCAGCCACUGCCAAAAUUACUUUUUUGUUGAAAAAAAUGAAGGAGAAAGAAGAACUCAUUAAGGAAUUAAAAGAAGAACUAGACCAAUAUGAGGAAUUUGGAUUUCAUAAAGUUGACUCUUUUGUGAAAGACAUCAGCCCUCUAAAAACAACUCCAGAAAGGGAAAAUUUGGAGUACAAAAUGGAAAACGAGAGAAUGCUUCAAGUCAUUUCGGAACUCCGAGAAGAAAUCCGACUCAAUCUAAAAGAAAAUUCUGUAUUAGAAGAUGAAAUUAUAAGUCUGAAAGAGAAGGCAGAACAGGAUCAUAAAACCAUUAAAAAGCUAAUGGAUGGUAGAGACAAAUUACUGUAUGAGCUUGAUUUUGAAAAAUCAUUGGUAAUCUCACAGGUUAAUAAACAGAAAGAGGACAUUGAAAUGAGAAGAAAGUUUGACGCCACAGGCACCAAGGGCAUCAGAGAAACACUCAAGGAGAAAGAAACCACUUUGUCCCCGCAGCCCUCACAGCCCAAGAGUGCAGGUGUUUCGAGGCCACAUUCCUCCUCCAUCAGUUUAUUGCAUUUUAAGACCAAACGAGUCAAGAGUCCAAUGAAGCCUUUAAAGGAAGAGCAGCCCACGAUUGAAGAAGAGAAACGUGUUUUGGAAGAGCAGAUAGAAAUAUUAAAGGCUAAGUUAGAGAAACAGAAAAAGAAGACAGAGAGGUGUCAGAAGGAAUCAGAUCAGAUGAACAAAAUCUGGGAAAAGAAAUUCUUAAUUCUCAGGAACAGCUUUCACACCCUCAAGAACGAGAUGUUUACUAGGCACACAUUGUUCCGUCAGUUUGCAGUGCUGGCUGAUACAUCCUUCAGUUACCAGAAAGUUAAACCCUUACAUGUGCAGUCCAAAAUGAACUUGGUAACAGAGUCAGUGUCUUCUGGAAGUGUUCAUCACUCAUCGUCGAUGGACAGCAAGUAUGUAGACCUGGUCAGUGAUCCGAUAUCCUCUCAGCUUUCACUGAAGGUGAUGGUGUCAGGAACUCCGGAAGAAGAGUCUUUGGGGAAGCCAUCGAUGCCCCAGAACAUGCCAGUGAAUGACACGGAAGCUACUGAGUAACAGGACAGGACCGUGGGCUGCACAGAGCAGGACUCCGGAAGGAGGGCCCUCACCAUCCUGGCCUAAGGCCUGCCUCCCUGACAAGGGAGACCAUCUCCAAGGCAUUUCUAAAAUAACUGCCCCAUCUCUCCAGAUGUCUACUAACCAGCAUGCUGCACUUGAAGAGGACACUGAGUGCGCCCUCUCUGUGCAUCUUUCCGAGCCCUUAAGGAAACCGCUCGCUGGUGCUUGGUGAGCUGGGCGCACAGACCCGGAGCGACCGCCAAAUCCAUCCAGGCGCUUCCUGGGCUCAGCGGUGUGCCCCAGCUCCUCGCGGUGGGAAGGAACGAUCUUCAAUUAAAAUGUAAAAGUUUGAGGCGCUAA